AUGGUCCGGAGCGCAUCCUGGAUGGUUAGUUUGGAUUACCGUAGAGCUAUCGGGGACUACUGUCAACAUCUCAGUGCUUACCUCGUCCGGGUCGAGACUUUAGCUGAAAACGAUUUCCUAAAAGAUUUACUGAGCACAACUCAAGCUGGUAAUGCGUGGAUUGGACUGACUGACCAGGAGCAUGAAGGUAUUUGGAAAUGGAUUGACACAGACAUUCCGGCAACAUUCUCGGAUUGGGGUCCAGGAGAGCCUAAUAAUUAUCAAGGUCAAAAUGAAGAGUGUGUGUAUUUCUAUAGUUUUAAAGACUAUAUGUGGAAUGAUGGCAUGUGUCACCACAAGGCUGUACCUUUGUGUGAAAAAGACUAA